GUGUGAAAAUCGUGCGUUUUUCUCCAGGAGAAGAGGAGUUUGUUGAACCCUUGCUGCGCUUGUCAUCGUAUUGCGUUUUCCGUUUGCCGUUCUGAAAUCAUCUUGGUAAUUAACGAGUGCGGAUGCAUACAGAGGAAGGCGUGUUAUGUGACGUCUUAUAUGCGUGCAGUUGAGACUCGCGAUAAAUGGCCAACUCGCAGGACGCGAUCGACUGGGAAGAUCUCAGGAAACAGGCAAGACAUCUGGAAAAUGAGAUUGAUGCAAAAUUAGUGGCAUUCAGUAAGCUUGGUAUAAAUACAAGUACUAGACAUGUUAACGCAGAUGAGAUUCCUCUUUUGGAUGAGGAACAAGUAUUUGAGAACAUGGCAUCGGAGAUAGAAACGCUACUUUCCAAAUUACUUUUUAUAAAUGAGAGGAUGAGCGAAUUACAACCGAAUGGAGCAGCUAUGCUGCAUACGAUGCAACGUCACAAGGAGAUAUUGAAAGAUUAUAAAUUGGAAUUUAACAAGAUUAGAAAUAAUUUUAUAGCUAGGAAAGACCGCGAGGAUCUACUAGGCAGCGUUCGUAAAGAAAUAGACAAUUACAAAAGUGCGGGUGGAUUGAAUCGACGAGAAAUGUACCUCAAAGAAAAUCAACAUAUUCAUAACUCCGAUCGGUUGAUUAACGAUCAAAUAAGUAUAGCCAUGGAGACGCGAGAUCAUCUGAUGUCCCAGAGACAAGCGUUCAAACGUAUACGAACCAAAUUCAACGAUAUCUCCAAUCGCUUUCCAGCGGUGAAUAGUUUAUUGCAAAGGAUAAAUUUACGUAAGAGAAGAGAUUCCGUCAUACUCGGCCUCGUUAUCGGAGUUUGCACAUUCUUGAUGCUCCUGUAUGCCUUUCAUUAGACAAGAUUCAUAGCAAUAUAAAAAAACUUUUCGUUAUCUAAUGCUUAUUUCAAUGGAAUAUACAUACAUGUAACAAUCAUUUCAGUGAAAUAUGCAUAUACUUUAAAAGAUAUCAUUGAAUUUAAUAAACAUGGGGGAUUAGUCUUGGUACAUAUAGGGUGUGCAAAAUUCACGAAAGCCAGUGUGCAAAGAAAAGUGUAUAGUUUUUUUAUACUGAAGUGCAAAAUGUGAAAUAUGCGAUAUAUAAGUAGAAUUUUAAUCUAUCUUUUAACAUGUUAAGUUAAUAAAUGUUAAAAUAUAUAAUCUGUUCUUAAUUGCACUUUUUAAUUAUAAAGAUUUAGCUUAUGUAGAUUUAAUUCCGUUUUAAGGUAGGAAGAAGACGCACAAUUAAAUCACAUUUUUUUUGCGAUUAACUUUUUUAUCUUAUGAAAAACUAGGACAAUUUUCAAUACACUUGCACAUUUUGCAGUAAAAUCAUUGUAUUAUAUUUCAUAUCUGUAUAAACCAAUAUUUUUUCUGCAUUGUGUAACACAUCUAAAAAUAACAAAAAAGAAUUGAAUAAUUAUUUGAACAAUGUUUUCAUAAAAGGGAAAUUGCAUAUUGUUGAUCGACCGAUUUCACAAUGCAGAAUAGUUGUUUAACAAAAAAAGAAAAGUUCUCAGGCGCGAAAGAUAGAUAUUAUUUUGAGUAAGAAUUAAUGGUUUUACGUACACAGAGACAUUUAUACAUAUGCAUAUAUACACGCAGCACUCGUUCGACUUGUCAUCCACGAAAAAAAAACACAGCACGUUACAAAAGGAAUAACUCACUAGAAAGCGCGACGCCUGUUUCCACGUGCACUAGAUACCAGAUUUAUAAGUCGCGCAUACAAAAAUAGGAACUUAAGCGAGAUAAUAAUUGUUAAAAAUAUCGAAUACAAAAUUUCGUCUACAUCCUAAAGUUUUACAACUUUCAGUAUAUACAUUUCGCAUUUCACUUUAUCAGCAUAUAAUCACAUCGUAAAGUUUCGCUGUCGAAUUUCAUCUCUACAGAUGAUCGCAUCUUUGAACAGAAUUUAAACUAAACACAGAAUUCACAUCUUCGAAUCACGCAUCUAAGUCUACGGUUUUUUUUUGUGUAUUUUGUUAAAGUAAUAUGAUAAUAAUUAAUAUCACGUAUUACAAAUAACUGAUAACGGCUAAGAGAAUUAAACUUAUGAUAUAAAUCUCGCUAUAUUGCGUUUUCUUUUUCUUUAAUUAUUGUGGAAACAAUGAUCAUAAAUGGAGAAUAUAUAUAAAUAUUGUACAAUCAAAUGUGAUGCUUUUCUUUGUUUAAUCUUCUUUAUAAAUUCCUCGUGGCGCAAAGAACCGUGGAAACAGGUGAAAUGAUGAUGAAUAUCUCUUUCUCUCAGACGCAUUACGCUCUUAAGAAUUAGCUCACUAAAAUAAGGAUUCUAAUCACGGAUUGAUUCUAACAACUGUUUCGACAGUUCACUCUACGCUCUAAAAGUCUGCAUCUUGAAGUUUCUAUCAUAUUAGAGAAGAUGGAUAUAUCAUUACGCGAGGCCUAUAUCAUUACUAAUUCUUCCUCGAAACUUCGCACAUUCGUUCAAAAACUCGUUCAGACGUACAAACAAACAUCUACAUAUAUUCAGUGUACAUACAGGCCGCACUGGUUACUAGUAUAUGCAUUUGAAUAUAAAUAUAUCGGCUGUAUACGUUA